CCAGUGGGCUCGCAUAAAUUUUGGCCGUUUCCCCGGGUGCACAAAGUAUGAACCAGUCAUUCCAGGCCCAAGUCAGCUGCGCCCAUUCUCUCGUUUUCCCAUUGCCGUAGUGACGAUCAACUCUGGUGGCGGGCUGCGAAGUCUAUAAUCUGUUUUCAGGCCCCCUUUGUGUAUGCACCUUCCAGUAAUCUUAGAAACCGACAGCGAGCCUGAGGAUCCGAGAGGCCGUGGGACACGAUGUUAAUGAGUCAUGUCGGCAACCGGCGCUGGAGCGAUACCCCUCCAACGGCCCGCCUGACUGACUCAUGGACGACACAACUGAUUGCCUCCAAAGCCUCAAAAGACUCAAAAGUCCACUUUGCCGGAUCGAAAGCCGUCCACAUUCCUCGCUCCCCCAGUCACCUAUAUCUCACGACGACCUACGGCCAAUCCCCUCCCACACCCUUCUACCCUCUCCAGCUCGCCGAAUACAAAGAACACAUCGCGUCCACCGCCCGCAAUUGCUCGUCGAAUCAUCUGACUCAGACCACUGACAUGGCGGCCACGGCGAACGGGCUCACAUACCCCGUGUCGGAAUCAAUACCGCACGAAAUGGAGAAGAACUUGCCUGGCGGUGGGAACUGGGUGGUGCAGAAAUUUGGCGGCACCAGUGUAGGCAAGUGUGCGCUGAACAUCGCGGACAUUGCACGCGAUGGCCUGGCGAAGAAUCGCAUUGCUGUUGUUUGCUCGGCCCGAUCAAACAAUACGAAGGCGGAAGGAACCACCAACAGACUCCUCCGUGCCGCUCGUGAGGCCGAGAAACCCACCGUGCGCAAUUACGAUGCCAUCGUCGAAGCCAUCCGCAGCGAGCAUAUCAGCGCCGCGAAGGAGACCAUUGCCUCUCCCGCCCGGCUUGCAUCGUUGUCCGAUGCCAUCACCGCUGAAUGUGUCGGAUUGACCAGAAUCCUGGAGGCUGCGCAGCACCUGGGAGAAGUCAGCGUCCGCGUGGAGGAUAAGAUUGUGAGCAAGGGUGAAAAGCUCAGCUGUUUGUUCAUGGCGGCAGUGCUGGAGGACCAAGGCGUGCCUGCUCAGUACAUCGAUCUCUCCGAUGUGAUCAAGUUUGACACUUCGCACGGGGUCGAUGACAGCUUCUACACCAACCUUUCCAAGGCGCUGGCUGAAAAGGUGCAAUCUGCUGGUGACAAAGUGCCCGUCAUUACUGGGUACUUUGGUGCCGUGCCUGCUGGGCUCUUAAAUACUAUUGGCCGUGGAUACACGGACCUCUGCGCUGCGCUGGUGGCCGUUGGGAUCAACGCCGACGAACUGCAGGUCUGGAAAGAAGUGGACGGAAUUUUCACCGCCGACCCACGCAAAGUCCCGACCGCACGGCUCCUCCCGUCGGUGUCACCCUCCGAAGCGGCGGAGCUGACCUUCUAUGGCUCGGAAGUCAUUCAUCCAUUCACCAUGGAGCAGGUGAUCCGGGCCCGCAUCCCCAUCCGCAUCAAGAAUGUGAUUAACCCAAGGAAUGUGGGCACAGUGAUCAUACCUGAUCCCGAGGAGCGUAAAUACGGCGCCACGCCCGGCCACGACUCCCGUCUCUUCCACCGCAGCCGUUCGAGCACCGAUCUGGCAUUGAACAUCAUGCAUCCCAAACGGCCGACUGCCGUCACUGUCAAGCACAACAUCAUCGUGCUGAACGUGCACUCCAACAAGCGCACGCGUGCGCAUGGCUUCCUGAUGAGCAUCUUCAACAUCCUCGACAAGUGGCAUUUAUCCGUCGAUUUGAUCUCCAGCUCGGAGGUCCAUGUCUCCAUGGCGAUCCAUAGCGAAAGCGCGCUAUUGUCGGGCGGCGGGGAGGAUGAGUUGAAGAUUCAGGACCGUGACCUCCAUGCGGCCGUGGAUGAACUCCGCAAGUUCGGGAACGUCGACUUGAUCGGGAACAUGGCCAUCAUCAGCCUCGUGGGAAAGCAGCUGAAGAACAUGGUUGGCAUCAGUGGGAAGUUCUUCAGUGUGUUAGGUGAUAACAACAUCAAUAUCGAAAUGAUCUCGCAAGGUGCCAGCGAGAUCAAUAUCUCUUGUGUCAUAGACGAGCGAGAUGCCGACCGAGCAUUGAGCGUUGUGCAUACGAAUCUGUUUACCUUUUUGGAUUGAAAGCAUAGCAUUGCAUCUGAUGAGCGUGCUAUUACCACUGCACGUGGGUUGGUAUAUCCAUCGAGUUUUUUGGCAGUAUAUGAUUCGAUAGGCUUCUGUGUCAAAACUUCAAUAUCCAAUUUGUUUAUGAUAAAAAACGGCCCGU